AUGUCAAUCGUAUUGCGGUAUUGUUAUCAAACACAUAUUUACAAGGACUUCAUGGGAUUUGUGGAUUGCUACUCAAAUUUUGAUGAAGAUAGAAUGGAGUCCAAACUCACAGGGUCACAUGAAACUUUGAGAAAAGUGAUGAGGGAUAUGGGAUUUCGAUGGAGGAAAACGAAGAAUAACAGGAAAAUCCUAAUGGAAAAACCGUAUAUACAAGUGCUUCGGAGAAGUUUUCUCAGGAAUAUUAAACAUUAUAGGGAAGAAAAUCGGCCCAUAAUUUACAUGGAUGAGACUUAUAUUCAUUCCUCUCAUACCCAUGCCAAAAACUGGGGAGACAAUACCAUCGAAGGUUUCCACAAGCCAGUGUCCAAAGGGCCGAGGCUAAUUAUUGUUCAUGCAGGCGGCGAAAUGGGUUUCAUAAACAACGCAUGUUUACAAUUCAAAUCUGGUACUAAGUCCGGAGAUUAUCAUAGCGAAAUGAACUAUAUAUUUGCUGAAGGGGUGAUGUAUGCCAGAGGCGGACCUACCAGUCGGAGCUUGGCUGAAGCGAGCCUCAGAUCACCGGACAGCUACCCAGAAAAAAAUUGAUAACAAUAAAUUAUAAUUUUUUAAUAAAAAGACUUUUUAAUAAUU